CUCGAAAAGAGGGUUUCGGGAAACUAUGCGACUGCGAUACAUUCCAUUCUUUACAAAAUGCAUGAAAAAUAUCGUAAUCAAAGCAUACUAUAUUUACAGUUUCGCAUUUUCUCACUAUUAAAAACAGACAUUUGACUACAAUUUGGAUUGAAAAACGGUCUACUUACUACUCUCUCACCUGCCGUCCCUGGCUGGAGGUACUGCUCAAAAUGUCUGUCGAGAAACAGUUUGGAAGAUCGGCCGUUCUGCAAGAAUUGAAUAUGUCGCAAUUUACAAAUUAACGAAGAAGCCUCCAAAACAACUGGGGAUACAGGGGGCCGUGGAGAGGGUCAGGGAGAGGAUCAGACCCCUGUCACUGUCGCUGGGAGAGAGGAGGUGCCACAACAGAGGCUUGGGCUCAUAUGCAUAAGCUCUAAUAUGCAUAUGGGUAUUCUGAAUUAAUCGUCACCUUAGAAAGCACCUUAGAAAGUUUCAACCUGCUGUAGAACUUCUUUCUUCAAAUUGAUCAUCACAGUGAGACUAAGACAGGUCUGGGUCUAGACCUCCAUGCCAGGCUAGAUGAUGAAGAGCCUCCAGUUCAGAAGCAUCGCCCCCAAGGCCCCAGCAGCGGUAGUUCCCUCCCCGACCGCCGUCCUGUCCUGCCAGCACCCCUCUGCCCUCCCAGAGGCAGCCUCUACAGCCGUCAGCCCUAAAUCCAUCCUGGUCCCGGCCCAGAACUAUGCCCUGAUGCAGGUGGCAGGACAGGAGGGCACCUUCUCUCUAGUGGCCCUGCCGCCCUCCGUAUCCCCUCAAUCUCCACAGCAACAACAACAGCCGCAGCAACAGACAAUCCAGAAGAACCUGAAGCUGCCCAUCCCCAGAUACCAGCCAAUGAGGGCCAAGAGCACCCCGGAGAAGGUCAAAUUAGCCACACCCACUGCAGUGACAAACCGGCCACAAAGGUCAAAAAAUAAGUUGUCAUCGCCGGAACCCAAGGAGGAGCCAUCAAAACAGGUCAUACUGAUCGACUCCACAGCCUCCUCUGAGAUCUCAGCCCUCACAGCCCUGCUCCCGGACAACGCUGUGCUCUACUCUGGAUCUCCACUGGAGCAAGUAGCAGUGGUGGACACCACCAUCAACCACAUGUCUACUCCUGCCCCCGGCCCGGGCCCCGUCACCAGCAUGCUGCAGAACCUCCAAUACCCAUCUGGUGGUUUUACUAAAAGGUCCCCAGUCAAACUGCCACAGGAAGAGAGCAACAUUAAGGUUGGCAUUAGGCCAUGCCAACCCAAGCCUGUAGCCCAACAGCCCCAUCCACAGCCAGCUAGUAGCAGCAUCACUGUCCUCUCUCCAGCCAUCUUCAGCAAAGCUGUCCAGAUUAUACCCUCCCCACCCAAAGGCAAGUUGCCCAUCCUGCCCUACUCAAACAUAAAAAGCACCCUCAUACCAGCCACCAAACUCAACCUCAACGCCAUGUCCCCCAAGAAGGCUUUCCCCAGCCAGCCUGGCUUGCCCGGCCUUACCCCGUAUCCCUCUGAUCCCCAGUCCAAGACCCCAGAGACUGCCGAGGCCCUCUGUCAGAACCACAUGCCAAACUCCCUGCUGCAGAGCCAGCCUCAGGCCAAGACCACUGGCACCCUGUCGCUGCUGGGAACGCUUCAGAUGCAGAAACCACCGGGCAAGAAGAGGGGGAGGAAGAGGAAGACAAUGGAGGAUAUUCUGGCCUUUGAGGCAAGGAAGAAGAGAUCCUUGUCGUUCUUUCGGAGGAGGGUUCCAGAUAAGCCUUCUCCUUCGGCUGUCAUCUCGCAGCAGAGGGAGGUGGACAUCUCUAAGAAGUACCGCAGCAUCAGACCCAAGCCUCACCACAUGCUGCUGAUGGAGACUGUUCCCCAGCUGGUCAGCCUGCCCUCCCUCACCUCCUCUGACAGCCUGGAACCAGAGCUCCUCGUACAGCACCAACUCUCUGCCAAGGCCCUGGAGCCUGGUCCUCGCCAGCCCCAGUCAGCCUCUACCACGCUUCACCUGAGAGGGGGUAGUUCCUCUCAAAGGGUCUACCUGGGUAGUAGCCGGCCCCUCCACCACUGCCCCACCUGCAGCCGCUGCUUCCAGUUCAAACACCACUUGCAGAGCCAUAUGAACAGCCACACCAACAGUAGGCCUUACGUCUGUCCAGUGUGUCGUAAGGCCUAUGCCCAUUCCGGCUCGCUCAGCACUCACAUGAAGCUGCACCACUCAGAGGGCCGACCACGCCGGACACUUCGCUGUGAGUUCUGUGAGAAGGCUUUUGGCUACGUGGGCGUGUACUUCAGCCAUCUGAGGGAGGUGCAUAAAGUUAUCCUGACUGUGGAGCCAUCCAUCAGCCAACAUGAAGACGACGUGCCUGUGGAGGGGGCGAUGUCUCCAGACCAGGGGGACGAGCAGGGCCAGGAGGAGCGCGAGGACCCGGUGGAGCUCCAGAUCAAGUGUGGUCGCUGUCAGGCCAUCACCCCCACCUUCGCCGACAUGAAGCUGCACCUGCUCUACGUGCACGGGGAGGAGGUGCAGGUGCGCCUGCGGGACGGGGCUGGCGGGCUGGGAGGGGCACUCCAAGGGGGCCGGGAGGCCGAGGACGAGCUGGUGAAACACGCUGCGCACUACUGGCGGCAGCUCAAUGAGAAGAGGAACCUAGUCCGCUGUGGGAGCUGUGACGAAGAGUUCUUCUCCUUCUCCAAGCUGAAGCGUCAUAUCCUCUCCCACCACCAGGGGGGGACAGAGGACGGUGGGAAUGGAGAGCCGACCGGCUGCUCAGCCCGGGGAGAGAGAGGGGUCCUCGGGCAGGGCUCAGUGUUUAACUGUGUGCUGUGCAGCCAGGUCCUGGACAGUAAGGAGGAAGUGAUGGAGCACUGGGCGGUCCACCACCACUGUGAGGAGACCCAGGUACUCUGGGAGGCCCUCAGCUCCUACUCAGGGGACAGGGAGAUGGACUUGCCCUCUCACAGCCCACAUUAACAUGGCACUGGACACGUUUCAGGUUGUUUCCAUUGCAGUCACGUUGCACAUCUCAGAAGAUUGACUUUACUGAUUCUUUUUAGCUUCUAAUGAAGCGACGGUUCCAAACAGUGCAUCAGAAGAUUGCUAAAGCAUAUUAACAUGGUUUCCGAUCUCCAGGCAUUGUGAGAGCUAAUAAUCGGGGCAGCAUGACUGCAAUAAAGACAACCUGGAACGCACCGCACUCACUGUCUGUGUCUGUCUGAGCCCAUCCUGCACAGUGGGCUGCUCUCAAACACACGCAGUUAUUCCAUUUCUACACUAUCGAGCUGACCCCAAACAUACAGUGGGGACAUUUUAUUUUCACAUGGUCCUUUGCGCCACAGUUCCAGCAACUAUGGAAUGGUGGAUGCCUAACCUCCUAACCAGGCCAGUGCAGUACAGUGCAGCUCAGCUCAGUAGUGUGUAAAUGGUAUUAGGCCGUACAGAGGUCAGUUAUAGCACAGGUUAGUUUGUUUGAGAAUCCUCUUGAUAGAUUAGUAAUUAUUAUAUGGUAUUUUAUGGACUGCACUGUUUUUUGUUAGUUCUGAUUUUGUGUUUAGGUUUUGAGUUGUGUGUUUUAAUAUUUUGUUUAAUAAAAUGGAAAGGAUAGGGUUUUUUUGUAUUGUGUAUUUUAUUUUUUUAAAUUUUAGAUACAUUAUUGGCCACAGACACAGUGAAACUGUUUGUUAAAUGACGUGAGUAAUUUGAAAGUACUUUUUGGUUGAAAACUAAUUAUAGACCUUGUGUCAAACUCAUUCAAUGUUGGGCCUUGUGUCUGCAGGUUUUAGUUUUUUCCUUCAAUUAAGCCCUAAUUAGUGACUUUAAUUAAUCAAGUACACGGGAGGAGCGAAAACCCGCAGCCACUCUGCCCUCAGUGAAAUGAGUACGGUAAAUGGUAUAUGAGUACGGUACAUGGUAUAUGAGUACGGUACAUGGUAUAUGUCUAGCUAUUUUGACCUAGAGGAAAACCUUCUCAGUACACCAGCACCUGACUGAAACAUCUGAGGCCUUCUGAAAAUAGAUUGAGAACCUUAUUUCUGGCUAAUAAUCAAUAAAGGACUCAUAAACAGAUGAUAUAUUAUUAUAUAUAUUUGUUUGUGUACUCUGUGGUAAUGGAAAGGGUGAUUGAUUGACUACUGACAAAACUAGCUCAAUUUGUUACUAUUACAUUAAAGACUUUACAUAAAUGUUGAACUAAUGCUGCCAACUAUUAUUCAGUAUAAACCUGUGGAAUUGGUGCACUUGAGGUCUGUGUACAACAAAAUACAACUGUCUUCAAAAAUAUAACUUUUUAUAGUGCCUUCAGAAAGUAUUCAUAUCCCUUGACUUAUUACACAUUUUGUUGUUUCAGCCUGAAUUCAAAAUGGAUUAAAUAUAUGUUUGGAGAGCU